CGUGGGCUCGCGGCGGCGCGCAGUCCCGAGUGAAAGGAGAAGGAGGGGCACGGGGGUGACGGUGCGGGACACACUGCCAGUGCCGGCGAGUGUUAGGCGGCCAGGGAGCGCAAAGGAGGUGGGCCAGAGGCCCGGUCAGCUGCCCGGACCCUCCGGACCAACCCCAGGCCGAGCGGCGGCGGUUUCUGGCUAGGUGGGGAGGCGCUGCCAAGCCCCAGCAGAGGAAGAUGUUCAACGUGGAGUCGUUGGAGCGGGUGGAGCUGUGCGAGAGCCUUCUCACUUGGAUCCAGACAUUUAACGUGGAUACACCAUGCCAGACCGUGGAAGAUUUAACGAAUGGGGUUGUGAUGGCCCAGGUUCUCCAAAAGAUAGAUCCUGCAUAUUUUGAUGAAAAUUGGCUAAACAGAAUCAAAACUGAAGUGGGAGAUAAUUGGAGGCUAAAGAUUAGCAAUUUAAAGAAAAUAUUAAAAGGAAUCCUGGAUUACAAUCAUGAGAUUUUAGGACAACAGAUUAAUGACUUUACCCUUCCUGAUGUGAACCUUAUUGGAGAGCAUUCUGAUGCAGCAGAGCUUGGAAGGAUGCUCCAACUCAUUUUAGGCUGUGCUGUGAACUGUGAACAGAAGCAAGAGUACAUCCAAGCCAUUAUGAUGAUGGAGGAAUCUGUUCAACAUGUUGUCAUGACAGCCAUUCAAGAGCUAAUGAGUAAAGAGUCUCCUGUCUCUUCUGGGAAUGAUGCCUAUGUUGACCUUGAUCGCCAGUUGAAGAAAACUACAGAAGAAUUAAAUGAAGCUUUGUCAGCAAAGGAAGAAAUUGCUCAAAGAUGCCAUGAAUUAGAUAUGCAGGUUGCAGCAUUGCAAGAGGAGAAAAGUAGUUUAUUGGCAGAGAAUCAGAUAUUAAUGGAAAGACUCAAUCAAUCUGAUUCCAUAGAAGAUCCCAACAGUCCAGCAGGAAGAAGGCAUUUGCAACUCCAAACUCAAUUAGAACAGCUACAAGAAGAAACAUUCAGACUAGAAGCAGCCAAAGAUGAUUAUCGAAUACGCUGUGAAGAGUUAGAAAAGGAAAUCUCUGAACUUCGGCAACAGAAUGAUGAAUUAACUACUUUGGCAGACGAAGCUCAGUCUCUAAAAGAUGAAAUAGAUGUUCUUAGACAUUCUUCUGAUAAAGUAUCUAAACUAGAAGGUCAAGUGGAAUCUUAUAAAAAGAAGCUGGAAGACCUUGGUGAUUUGAGGCGGCAGGUUAAACUCUUAGAAGAGAAGAAUACCAUGUAUAUGCAGAACACUGUCAGUCUAGAGGAAGAGUUAAGAAAGGCCAAUGCAGCACGAAGUCAACUUGAGAUGUAUAAGAGACAGGUAGUAGAACUGCAAAAUAGAUUAUCUGAAGAAUCAAAGAAAGCAGAUAAAUUAGACUUUGAAUAUAAGCGGCUAAAAGAAAAAGUUGAUAGUCUUCAAAAGGAAAAGGAUAGAUUAAGAACAGAAAGGGAUUCUCUGAAGGAAACUAUUGAAGAGCUUCGUUGUGUGCAGGCUCAGGAAGGACAGCUCACCACUCAAGGAUUAAUGCCUCUGGGCAGUCAAGAAUCUUCAGAUAGCCUCGCAGCAGAGAUUAUUACUCCUGAAAUCAGGGAGAAACUUAUUCGUCUUCAGCAUGAGAAUAGAAUGCUAAAAAUUAAUCAAGAGGGUUCAGACAAUGAAAAAAUUGCCUUAUUGCAGAGCCUUUUAGAUGACGCAAAUCUACGCAAGAAUGAACUGGAGACAGAGAACAGGCUUGUGAAUCAAAGACUUCUAGAAGUACAGUCACAAGUUGAAGAACUGCAGAAAUCUUUACAAGAUCAAGGCUCAAAAGCAGAAGAUUCAGUUCUUCUAAAAAAGAAGCUUGAAGAACAUCUAGAGAAGCUUCAUGAAGCUAAUAAUGAAUUGCAAAAGAAGAGAGCCAUUAUUGAAGAUCUUGAGCCAAGAUUUAACAAUAGCUCCUUAAAAAUUGAAGAAUUACAAGAAGCAUUACGGAAGAAAGAAGAGGAAAUGAAGCAAAUGGAAGAACGAUAUAAAAAAUAUUUAGAGAAAGCCAAAAGUGUUAUCCGUACUUUAGAUCCUAAACAGAAUCAAGGAGCAGCACCAGAAAUACAAGCUCUUAAAAAUCAACUGCAGGAAAGAGACCGACUAUUUCACUCAUUGGAGAAAGAAUACGAGAAAACGAAGAGUCAAAGAGAGAUGGAGGAGAAAUGUAUUGUCAGUGCCUGGUACAAUAUGGGAAUGACUCUGCACAAAAAGGCGGCUGAAGAUAGACUAGCUAGUACAGGUUCAGGGCAGUCUUUUCUAGCUAGGCAAAGACAAGCAACCAGCACAAGAAGAUCUUAUCCAGGCCAUGUUCAACCAGCCACAGCAAGGUAGAAAAGUCUUAUCAUUAGAAAUAAAAAGCAACCUGCAUUGAAAGCAUACUUCUGUUACAUAUAACGACAUUUCAGGAAAUUCAGCCAGCUUACUUUUUGUUUUCCUUCUAGGUCAAUACUUAGUGUAUGUCAUUGGAGGACUUUUCCUCUCUUAGAUCUUUGUUUUAGUUUCUUUGUCCUUUAUUUUGUAGUCUUUUAAGUUCCUUUUAAUGUGCCAAAAAUUUAUAAAUGUCCAAUUAAAAGUGUUGUAUAAUAGUGUAAUUCUUUUCUUUGUAUGAAAAUGUCCUCUUCCCCAAUGGUGUAGGCUUUGUAUGAAUUAGAUUUUCUUCCAAUAAUUGAUAUACAAUUUAUAUUCUUUAUUGUGCCUAUGUGUUACCAUGCUUUAUAAGAAUGUCUUUGUUUAAAGGGAAUUAAUCUUUUUAUGAUGUAUUAAUCUGUGUUUUCAAUUGUUUUCCAAAUGCACUUCAAAUAACUUGCAUAUUUACUACACAAAAUAGUUGGCAAGUGCACUUUUUGCAAAGACUUAUACAUUGGCAUAGGUGCUAAUCAGAUCUUACUUGAGGCACCUGGCAGAAUUAAAAGAGAAAAAUUAGUUUUCACAUUGUUUUAUAGGAAAUUGAAUUUGUUCAAAGAUUUGGAGACAAUUUUUAAAUAUGUAAAAUUUCAUUAUUUCCUGCUAUCUUGUUUGCUGGCAGAAAUGAAUGCAUUGGUGAGGUUAUUUUGGGAGAGAUUAACAGAAGAAAAGAAAUUCAGCAGUAUAUUAUUUUUUUUCUUGCUUUGAAAUAUUUUAGGAUCAGAUUCUAACCAUUGCUUGACUUUAUACUCUCAAUUGCUCUCCAUAUCUAAAAGAUUUAUUUUUCAUAUACUUACAAGUAAUACGUAGCCUUACCUUCUGGGCAGUUUGUUGACUUGUGCCUCGUUUGUGUUACUUCUUCCUUUAUAUAAACUCUUAUGUUUCUCAAUAAUUUCUAAUACUUAACAUCUUAAAUACCAUUCAUUAAGAUCAGUAAGUGACUUCUUGUAUGUAAUAUUAUCACAGGUCUCUUUACAUUUUUUCUUAAAUCUAACUACUAGUCCAGGAAUUUGUUACUGAAUAGGUUUUCUUGGAUAUUUGGUUGCCUCAAAGUGCUUGCAUUAUAAACCACAUUUUUUUACCUUGAUGAAUGACUGUCAAAUAAUCAUUGUAAAGCACUUUUAUCUCUGUAAGGUGCUAUAUAAAUGCAAGAUAGCAUUCAUUUGAAAAUGAAAUGCCUUCUGUUUAACUUUUUCCACAUUAACUUGUAUAAGUAUUUGGUCCCAAAUUGUAUUUGACUUCCCCUCCAGCCUUUUUUUUUUUUGCACCAUAGCACAUUUUUUAAAAGCAAAAAUUUCUCAAAUUAAAUCAGGGUUUUUUUGUUUGUUUUUAGACAGGUCACCUAAUAGGAGGAUAUUAUUUCAUAUACUCUGUAUUUGGAAGUUCAGGUUUCAUUUAAUUCUGUGUAUCAAGUACAAAUAAGAAACAUUCAAUCAAGUUUGUUAGGACUUCAGAAACUAUAUUCAUGUCUUUAGUUGUUUAACUGUUCCUCUUUUAAAAGAAAGAGGACCUAGUUCAGAAAUUAUUCUUGAAGAAAGACAUUAGGACAUAUACAGAAACAACACUGUGCAUUGUGCAGAAGUGGCUUUUCGUUGUUGUUUUUUACAUUAUGUUCCUAAGUCUGAACAUAGUUGAGUGCUACUACCUAGGAAGACCAUAAAGCAGCAAGAACAGUAAUAAUAGAGAGAGCCAUGUGAAUAGAAUGCAUUGAGGGAUUUCAGUCUAAACAGCCUGGUUAAUGGAUCAAGCCCUUGUUUGUUUGUUUUUUUAAAAGACAGGGUCUUGCUAUGUUACCGUGCUGGGCCUCUAACCCCUGGGCUCAAGUAAUCCUUCUGCCUCGUCCUCUAAAGUGGCUGAUACUACAGGUGUGUGCAGCUGCUAAUGUAUCAGAUUUUGACAACAGAAGAUUAAAAACUACUUAAGAUGGUUUUUUAACCCUACCUUUAUUUCACAAAUAACAUAAAAAUUCAACUUUUUUUUUUUUUUUUUUUUUUUGAGGGAGGGUGGUGUUGAGUAUUGAACUCUGGAGACUCCUGCCACUAAGCUACAUCUCCAGCUCUUUUGUUUUUUAUUCUGAGACAGUCUCACUAAGUUGCUUAGGGCCUUGCUGAGUUUCUGAGACUCACCUUAAACUUGUGACCCUCCUGCCUCAGCCUCCCAUGUCACUGGACUUUACAGGCAUGUACCACCCCACCCAGCUCAAACACCUUUAAAAACAAAUUAGGUCUAGUAAACAGACUGACUUGGAGCCCUUAUAGAUAUGUUAAAAUUGCUUUUAUAAGUUUAUCAACUUUUAAUGUAUAUUAUUUCUGUAAUAAACAAAUUAAAAACAAAUAGGACAUAAACACUAAUGUUGGUAAUUAAAAUUAUUGGGCUAUUUGCAUAACAAAGCAGAUGUAAAUGAGACUACUCAUUAAGUGAAUUUUAUCUGUGAGGUGAGAGCUCUGGUUUCCUACCCACCCACCUACUCAGAUAUUUUUCUCUAAAGGGGUUGGAAGGGCAUCAAACCUUAAUUUUACUUCUGAUUUUCCUCAGCAUCUGUUAUAACAGUCUUUUAUAAGAAAUAGUAUCUGAAUGUACUUUAGGUUUCAGAAAGCUAAUAAUAAAUAUUAACUGUAACAAUAUUUCUUGUCCAGUUUUGGACAGGAUCUGGCGUUUCUAUUUCUCAAGUCAUUAUCAAUUUCUCAGGGGGUGCAUGUUGAUGCAUGGUGUUUCUACAUGUUAAGAGACAGUAGGAGGGCACAAUGGCACACAGUUGUAAUCCCAGUGACUCAGGAUGCUGAGGGAGGAGGAUCAUGAAUUCAAAGCCAGCCUCAGCAACUUAGUGAGACCCUGUCUCAAAUAAAAAAGAAAAGGAUUGGGGAUAUGGCCCAGUGGUUGAGCACUCCUGGGUUCAGUCCCUGGUACAAAAAUGAAAGAGAGACAUUAGCAGCUUGAUCUAGGUAUGAGUAAUUCUGGGCUUUAUUUUCACAAGCUUCUUGUAUCCAGUAGCUUUGUGAAGCCCCCAUGUUUGUGCAUAGUAGAGGUCCUCCUGGCAUCAGCAGUGCAGGAAGCACUGGGAUACUGUAUUAGGUCAGUCUGAGCUGUCACCAUAGCAUCUGAAUUCUUAAAAGGUCUAUUUUCUAUGCUCCUUCUAAAAAAACAGAAAGUCAAUAAAUAAAGAAUAUUAGCAUUUAUGCUCCAUAGUAUGUGUUUGAGAAGUUUAUAAUAGGAAAAAAAUCCAGUAAAUGUAAUACUUUGAUCACAUCUGAAAUGAGAGUAAAUAGUACAGUUGCACAUAUUUUAAAAGAAUUUUCAAAAACUAGAUCUUAUCUUUUUACCAUUUGUCUAACUACUUGAUAAUAACCAGAAAAGAAGUCCCUAAAUUAAAGACCCAAAUUCCAAAAUUUAUCAAGAUUGAAUUAUUUCUAUUAGAUAUCAUAGCCUGACAAAAUUGGCUUAAUGAGAUGUUUAAAUUAUAAUAAUGUUGUCUUUUAUUUUCUUGAAAUUUUAUUGUUUGGUUAAUAUAACUAAAGUUUAAUUGUACAAAAUUAAGCUAAGUGUUAUUCAGUUAUAAAUAUCUAUAUAUUUCAUUCUCACAAAGAAAUGAAAAUCCAUGCUGUGCAAAUAGAUCAGUAGUGAGAGAUUGUUAAGUUGAAAGAUGAGUUAAAUUUGAAAAAAGAUACAUUUUAUGUAUGAGCCACUUUACUCACAUUUUUUUCAGUGACAAUUUGGUUUAGUCUUGUUAACUAAGUAAACAAUGAGAAUGACUUUAAAACAAAAACCUAAAUUUCUAAAAAUUCUCUGAACUCUCUACAUUUCAUCUUUAAUUGUCCAGAUCUCAUAUUCCAGGAAUGUUACAGUGACAUCCAGUUGGAAAAUGUAAGAUUGGUCACAGCUGGUGGAAACCCUGCUAGUUUACAGCCAUGUGGGCAAGAACAUCUUUGAGCAAAGUGAGAGGAAAAUUCCUAGCAUAUUGCUUUUUGCUGAGGGUGUAUCAACAUUAACAUCAACUGUCUUUUGUUGUCUAUUCAUUAAACUAUGGAAGAAUAUUUUUGAGUUUUUGUUUGUUGGUGGUGCUGAGAGUUGAACCCAGGGCCUUGUGCAUGUUAAGCAAAUGCUUUAGCAUUCAUUUGUACUCUAUCCUAUUUUGACUUUUUAUCCUUGCAUAUAAAGGGAAUUUUUUUUUUGUCUCAAAAGGUCAUCAAACCUUGUGCUUUUUUUUCUAAUAUUUUUUAGUUGUAGUUGGACACAAUAUCUUUAUUUUAUUUAUUUUUAUGUGGUGCUGAGGAUCAAACCCGGGGCCUCACAUGUGCUAGGCGAGCACUAUGCCACUGAGCCACAAUCCCAGCCCAAACCUUGUACUUCUUAGCAGUGAAAUUUCUGUGAUAUCCUAAAGUGAAAGAAUGUACUGAACAAAAUAUAAUGGAAUAUCAGACAAUCUUUGAAAAUUAUUUUAUCAUUUUUAAAUUUUUUCCUUUUUAAAAGUUAAAAGAAGGGGCUGGGAUUGUGGCUCAACAGUAGAGCGCUCUCCUAGCAUGUGCGAGGCCCUGGGUUUGAUCCUCAGCACCACAUAAAAAUAAAUAAAUAAAAUAAAGAUAUUGUGUCCAACUACAACUAAAAAACAAAUAUUUUUUAAAAAUAAAAAUUAAAGUUAAGAGAGUUUUCCAUUCAAUAUGCAGUGAAGAAAAUCUCUGCCAGGCAUGGUGGCUCAGGCCUGUAAUACCAGCUACACAGGAGGUAAGGCAAGAGGAUCACAAAUUCAGGGCCUACCUGGACAAUUUAGCAAGAUUCUGUCCCAAAAUUUAAAAAGAUGGGGUUGUAAUCUGGGGUAGAUAGCUUGCCUACGUCAAUCCUCAGCACCACAAAAAUUAAAAAUAAAAAUACAGAUGAUCUCUUUUCCUAUAGUCCUGUUAAAAUGGCAGGUUAUUUUAAUACUUGGCCAGUCCAAUUUCAUUACAUUUAGAAAGAGGUUUCAGAGUUUAUUCUUUAUGAUAACUUGAGUAUCUUUUUUUAAAAUACAUAUUUUUGCACUUGCCAAUGGACCUUUAUUUUAUUUACCUGUGGUGCUGAGGAUAGAACCCAGGGCAUCAAACAUGGCAGGCAAACAUUCUGCCACUGAGCCACAACCUCAGCCCUGAUUUGAAUAUCUAUGUCAUCAAAUUUUUUAUAUUAGGCUAUUCUCAAUGUAUCUGUCACCUGAUUUUUUACUUUCUAUGAGUAUUUAAGUAAUUGGCAUAUGUUCCCUUUUGAAAAAUUUGAAGAUGUUUUAUUGCCCUAUUUUGUAAUAAUAAUGUUCUGAAGUUUUCAACAAAUACUCUUUAGUUCUCAGAAGCAUAGAGAACAAAAUAAUUUGGUACUGACACAGCUAAUUUCUACCCCUCUUUAUUCCCCCAAAGUAUAAAAGUAUUACUAUGUAGCAUCCUUUUUUAUAAAAUGAAGGACAGCACAAAUAUGAUGGCUUCCAUUUCUUAUAAAUCAUUGAUUAUGUUCUUGCAAGUAAAUACUGAUUGUUCUUUUUUAUUAGUUCUUUUUAGUUGUUCAUAACAUUAGGAUUCAUUUUUGGCAUGAUUAAAAAAGCAUGGAAUAUAAUUUGCUCUAAUUCAGUCUUCAGCACUUCUGCUUUUUCUCCCUUUUUCCCUCCUCAUUCCCUUCCCUCUACUCUGCUGAUCCUUCUGUUAUUUACUUGUGGUUUUUUAUUUUUUUUUUUUAAUUAGUGCCUUGUGGAUGUACAUAAAGGUGAGAUGCACUGUGUAUAUUCAUAUAUGUAAUAGAAAAGAUAAGUCAGAUUCACUCCACUGUUCUUCCCUUCUCUCAUCCUUCCUCUCUCCCCCUCAAUCUCCUUCCUCUACUGCAUUGAUCUUCUGUUUUGAUGGAAUCUCCCCACCCUUUUUUUUUCUUUUUUUUAAUUUUCUCCUUAUUUUGGACUACAUACUAAUUAUUCUUCAAAAACCUUUCAUUAGGGCUGGGGUUGUGGCUCAGUGGUAGAGUGCUGACCUAGCAUGCAUAAGGCCCUGGGUUCGAUCCUCAACACUACAUAAAAAUGAAAUAAAGAUAUUGUGUCCACCUACAACUAGAAAAUAAAUAUUUUUUUAAAAAACACCUUUCAUUAAUCCAGUUCACAUGUAUUGUCUUUAUGAAUAGAAAAACUCAUAAAAUCUAUAUUUAAUGUUGUCUUUGAACAUGAAUAUCCUUGGAUUUUCCCCCAUUGCACUGAAUAAAUAGAGAAGGGACAUUAUUUUGAGGAACAAGAGGCAUGAACCUAAUUAUGAUAAGUAUCUGAGUUUUAGAAAUUGUGGGGAGUCCAUAAAAUGCUUCCUAAGAUAGAUACGUCACACACACAUAGAUAUCAGGAAUUACUUGCUGUCUCUUCAGUAUUUUUCUGUUGUGUUUUAUCAUAUUUUCUAAUGUUAUGUGAAGUUAAGUUUGCAUGUAGGUAUGUAUGUGAUAAUAAAGAUAAAACAGAAGUAACAAGAUUUUUAAGGAAAUUCAUUCUAGAAAGUAGAAUGGAUAUUGGGAUAAAAAAUGGCCCAACUAAUAACAAACAUCUAGGCAGAUAGAAGUACUAAUACAGUAAAAAUUUACACUAUCUUAACAAAUGUUCCUGCAGUAAUAGUUUACGUAAAAUCUGUCUUUAUUAUGUAUUCAUUUGAUAAAAGUGUAAACAAAAAUUAAUUUGAUUUCUGAUCGUCCUUCCCUUCAUCAAGUAUUAACAAGGCAUAUAUUUUUAUUAUUCAUGGAGGGGGAAACAUUUAUUCUCAUUUUGAGACCAUUAAGCCAUUACUAAAUCUAAGAUAGCUCUUUUAGAUUGUUUUUAAAAAAUAGUAUAAUUUCAUGAGAUGAGAAAAAGAUCUGUGGUGACUGAAAAUUAUGAUCACUUUCCCAACAGUUAUCUAGAUCUGCCAUUGACAUUUUUUUUCUAGUUUACAAGCCAGAGGUUUAAUGUUAUGUUCCCCUUAAAUUAGACAUAGUAGUCCCACAAAAGAUGAUGCUUAAUUAAAAUAAAGGCCAAAGUAGACAUUUUUGAAAACAUCCAAAAUGAGCCUUUAUAUAUCUGAUACAAACCCCCAUGUUUAAAAUCAGGUGUUUAAGGUCUGAGAAUAAAGUCCACAGCCUCAAAGUUUUAGGCACAUGGGGCAAUCAAAUCCUGUAUUACAUCUACUUGGAGCUUAAAAAAAAAAUUAAAUAUCAUGAGAACAAACUCAAAGUGAGAAAGAAAGAAUACUACCAAAGCAUGCUGAAGCUUUUGUGUAGACAUACAGGAAACUUAUGAACAGGCUUUAUCACUUGAGAGAGCUCUGAAUUAACAAAAGAAAUUAGUUUAGCAGAUGUGUUGUAAAAUUAAUGAAAACCAUGUUUGUUUUUGAUGUGUUUGUCAACCUAUGGACAGUCAUUACUGUAUAUGCAUUCUAUAUUGUGUUUAUUUUAUGUAUGUCAGUGUUAGAGACAAGUGUCUUAAUAUUAUUUACUAUUAUUCUGAUCAUUUAUGUAUUAUUUAUACUUUACAGCACUUUACUAAUAUUAGAUAAAAAUUAUUUGCCCUCUUCCCUUCUACUUUUCUGUGACAUUUCUGUUAAUAUCUUAGGAAUCUGAAGUUCUAAGUCUAGAAAUAUGUUUGCAGCUGGGUUGGGUUACUGGCAUGGAUUACUUUUUAUAUGUCAUAUUAAAAAUACUCUUUUAUAAUAGCCUAAAAUCAAAUCAUCUUAAAUGCAAACACACUUGAAACUUUGUUUUCUGGAGUUAUAUUAAUAAAACUAAAUAGUCUUCUGGUUAAUCAGAAGACUUACUUGCGGGGUACAGUACUCCCAGCAGUUUGGGAGCUGAGACAAGAGGAUCACAAGUUCAAGGCCAGCCUCAGCAGCCUAAUGAAACCCCAUCUCAAAACAAAAAAUACAAAGGACUAGAAAUGUAGCUCAGUGAUAAAGCGCCCUAGGUUAAAUCCCUAGUACUCCCCCCCCAACAAAAAAUAUAUAUAUACAUCUUCCCCCCUUUUUCCCCCCACUUUUUUUUGGAGUGGGGGAACUGUCUCCUAAUACAAAUCUACUUUCUCUCCAUAAAUUUAAUAGUUUUUGCAUCAUUUCAGAUACCCAAAGGCAGGAGAAAGGAAGCCACUUUUUAGGAACUGUCAGUUCAGAGAAUCUGAAAAAUAGUAGGGGAGAGGUAAUGGGAAAAAGCACAUGCUAAAAAUCUAAGGAUGUUCGGCUGUAACUUGUUUUUUUUAACUUGGCUAUUUUCUCAAGUUCAAAUUUGGCAAAGUUUUCAGGUUAGUCUAUUGAGGGUUUCUUUUAGGAGCCAACUCUUUUAGGACCUUUUCUAUUUGGAACAUAAAUAUAUUAGUAUCCAAAUCAUAGUCCAAAAGUACUGAAAUAUUUAUUACGUAAAUAUUGAUACAUGAUUACUGCCAAAGAAUAGGGAGAUUUGCUCAUAAGAACAUUCAGUUUUGUUUUGUCUGGUUUUUAAAUGAGAUACAUGUUUUCUAACAGUCUUGAAAAAUCAAUACCCCAUUAUUUUAAGCUAUUUUCAAUAUAUUAUUUUUCAAAAACAUAUUCUGAGCACUUUAUUUUUCCAAAUGAAUAAUUAAAUCAUUUCAUGAAUCAUUUCUUAAUAUCUUCAGGUUUUUUCACCUUCCUUUGUAAACUGAUGCAUAGUUGUCCUUCAAGCAGAAACUGAUAUGAAUGCUUUAUAUUCAAGGAAAAUUUGAUAAACUUCAUUAUAUUCUCCUUGUGUUAUUUUAAAAUCUAUAUAGAUCAACAGUUUGUUUCUGCCCCUCUAACCAUCUCCUUAAAUUCCCAUUUAACUCUUCCCACUCAAAGGUACAUUGAGAUUAAAAUAAUUGUUUUUUUCUUCUUAGCUUCCUGUUCUUAUUAACUGGUAUUAUGAAUCAAAUUAAGUAUUCUUUGUGAAGUAAACAUUUACUGUUACAGGAUGUAAUUUAGCUAAUUAAAACACUUUUUAAAUAUUUAUUAGUUUACUUGGCCUGUUACUAAAGUGCUUAAUGUAGCUAAAAGUAUCUGUUCUGACAUAGCUUUGAAUUUUUUAAAUGAAAAUAAGAGAUUUGUUAAAUUUUUUUUUAAAGGUGCUGGGAAUAAACCCAGGCCUCAAGAGCAUGCUAGGUAAGCAUUCUCCCAAUCAUAUUUUUUUUUGAGUGGGCUUGGUGUUUAGUUAAUAUCCUGUUAGGGGGCUUGGGAUGUGGCUCAAGUAGUAGCGCGCUCACCUAGCAUGCAUGGGGCACUGGGUUUGAUUCUUAGCACCAUGUAAAGAUAUCGUGUCCACCUAAAAAAUAACUAAAUAAAUAUUUUUUAAAAAAAAAAAAAUCCUGUUAGGAAGUUUUGAGAUGCUUUCCUCAUUCUUUUUAAAGUUUUGUAAUGAGGCAAAAUAAUUGAUCCCAUAAUGUCAGAUUCCAAGCAAGAUAAAAUUCUUUCUGUAGUUCACAUACAGAUGAUUAAAUGGUGUGUUUGUUUUAUUUUCUUGGUGGCCUGACUCAGGAUGUGUUCUACAAAGACUCAUGUUAGUUAAGGGAAAUUUUCAAUAUGCUUGAAAUAUGGAAUAACAUUGUAGUAUAGAUACAGGAAAUGACUGUACACAAAUGCCAAAAAAUGAUUUGGGACCUUUUAAAUUUUUUUAAUAGUAGUCUUAUUUUUUAAUAGCCUUAUUUACUUAUGAUUCAAAUGCACUAAAAUGUCACUGCUGUUUACAGGUUCUGUAUAAUUCAUAAUGCUUUGAACUCUAGAAAAUAAUUUCUAGAUUUAUCUUGUUUUGCAGUUAUCAUGUUUGACAGUUGUCCACCAAACUGAAUUUUUGUUUAUCUAUGAAUGGUAAAACUCAAACAUAUUUAUAUUUUGCCUUAUUUUGAUUAGUAAAUUGAAUAUAUAAAAAUACUAAAACUUUGGGAAUAAAAAGAGGUUUUUCCCCCCAGUUGUAUUUUUUAAAAUUUUUCAGAUGAGCUAGAAAACAACUUAGUAAAUUGGAGUUGGAGUUGUACUGAUUACAUUGCCAGCUCUAAAGCCUUAUACUCAUGUGUUAAGUAUUUUUGAUUGUUCUAUGAAUUGUUAGUUUCAUAUUUAAUAUUGUAGCUUCCACCUUGCAUUUUAGCCUUUGCAAAAAGAGUAUUGCUAGGUAAAUUCUUAUUUUGGUUAACUAUUGAAUUUACAAUUUCACAAUUUUAUUCAUUGUCAUUAUAAUCCAAAAACAAUGCCUACAUAGAAAUCUAAAUUUCUCAUCCCACAAAUGAAAGUAUAAUACAGAUUGAAUAACCUUGUAAUUGUACAUAAUGAUGUCCAAGCAUUUCCACCUAUUUACCAGGUUUACCAACAACUUCCUAUGUGUUGAAAUUGGUGGAUUUUCUCAAUGUUUUUCUGAGGUGAAUGACUUGUUAGAAAGCUUCAGUAAGAAAUUUUAACUAAAACAAAACAAAGUCAAAGAAACCAUCAGAAGAUGGAUUUUAGUGUUUUUGAAAUCGUAUAUUUCCUUUUGGUAUCACUCAUAUUAAUUAUACAACUGCCAACUUGUUAUGGUAUUAAUUAUAUGUAUGUGUUUAUAUAUAUGCAUAUAAUAUAUGUAUAUGUAUAUGGAGAAUAAAGUUAAGAUUUGGUCAAACUAUAUUUUCCCAUUCAGUACAAAAAAUGUUUUCAAGGCUGCAAAAAGUGUACAGUUGUUAAACAAGUUGUAAAUAAAGACUUGUAUAAAAUUUCA